UAUAUGAAAGUUAUGUCACAUAUUUGGCCACAAUUUGUUUGAUCACCGAUCGGACCCCGAUAAUAAUAUAGGUAGUGUUUUAGUUGACCAACAUUUAUAUGAACAUCACUUUUAAAAAAUAACUGAAACAAUGCAAAGAAGACAAUCGCAAGCUGUUGCCGAAAGACAGUCUAUUUUGGACGAAAUAUUCAACGAUUACGGAUCAAUAGAUGCCAUCGACACCGAUGACCACAACCUAUAUGUCAUUACAAUCAACGGCGCCGCACAAAAUAUGACAAUCAAUUGGUUGCUUCAGUUAUUGCAAAAGUUGUCGGCCGACAGUGGCGGACACUUUCGGCUGAAGAAGAUUGAAGACAAUGAUUCAGACAUAACAUUACAUGUUAGCUCUGAUAACGCGACUUUGAAUGUGUCCGCCGAUGCUAUAGAUUUGAUGAGAUUUAAUGCGGAAGACCAGACAUGUCGAGUGUUUCGUCGAACUGAUCUCUUUGAUGAAUCGGAUUCCUGUCUAACAGUAUCAGAGAAACAACGAGUUUUGCUCUAUAAUAUUGAAAGUCUUCAUGCAGUCGAAAGGGGUGUCCUUUUUGGUCAUCCAAAUGUCAAGCUAUAUCCGGGACAAUCUAUAAUGCAAGUGUGUCAACGGGAAAAUAUAGUGACCCAAUACUUCCCACUUCACGAAAGUGAAGCUCUCGAUAAACUCAAGAGUCGCUGGUGUUUCUCAUUUAACAAACAACCCAUACAUGACAUCCGUAAUUAUUUCGGUGAAAAGAUUGCAUUUUAUUUUGCAUUUCUCGAGUUUUACACCAAUAGUCUGUUGAUUCCGUCAAUUGUCGGUCUCUAUCAAUAUCUGUUUCUCAACGAUAUGAAUAUCUUUUGUGCCAUUUUUUAUAUGAUAUGGUUUCCUAUAUUUUUGAAGCAAUGGAAACGAUUUUCAAAUAAUUUAGCCUAUCGUUGGGGAACUAUCGGUGAUAUUCAGUUAGAAGGUCCACGGCCUACAUUUCGGGGCAAAUCUAUGGCUGUCGAUGCGGUCACUAAACAAUUAACACCUAUUUAUCCAAUAUAUAAGACGUGGUUAAGAGAAUACGGUGUUUCACUACCUAUAGUAUUGAUGAGUCUAUGGAUUUCAUUUUAUGUUAUGUGUAUUUACUUUCAAUUAGAGACCGAUUUAAAUAAUUUUUAUUCAAAUCCGGUUGGUUUCGAAAAAAUUAUUGUUUUUAUGCCCGGAGUUAUCUAUGCAUUGGUUGUUAUGGUUAUGAAUAAUAUUUACCGUCAAAUUGCUACCAAACUCAAUGAAUGGGAAAAUCACAGAACACAGACAUCACAUGAAAAUCAUUGGAUAAUUAAAUUAGUUUUGUUUGAAUUUGUCAAUAACUUUAUGAGUUUAUUCUAUAUUGGAUUUUAUUUAAAAGAUAUUCAAAUGUUAAAAUGGCAAUUGGGAACAAUGCUUUUGGUUAAUCAAUUGGUUGAUAAUAUCCAAGAAGUACUGAUUCCUCUCAUAACAACAUAUAGACUCAACAAAGACUUUCAAUUAAGUCUGAAAAAGUCUGAUGUUUUACCAAGAAUUGCACGAAUUAAUUAUGAGAAAAGAUUACCCGCCUAUGAGGGCACAUAUUAUGAUUUUCUUGAGCUAUAUAUACAAUUUGGUUAUGUAUUUAUGUUUCUAACGAUUUUUCCAUUGGCGCCGAUCAUUGCUUUUUGUAAUAAUUUUAUUGAAAUCCGAUCCGAUUCUAUAAAGUUAUGUUUCGGCUUUAAAAGGCCUCACCAGAGGACAGCUAAUGGUAUCAGUGGCUCGUGGAUGAAAGCAUUUGAAGUGAUGGCCAUAAUAUCUGUGAUUACAAACUGUGCUCUCCUGACACUAUCGCCAACUGUCCAUACGAUUAGUGAUAAGUUUAAUAUAACUGACUUUCAGCUAACUGUUGCCUUUGAACAUCUACUACUCGGUCUGUUUCUAGUAAUCUCAUAUAUAGUCCCUGAUAUACCAAAAGCAGUUAAUGUGUCUCUAAUGCAACAAAAGUAUGAAAAUAGAAAAUUAAAAAUAGAGUCGACUCUCAAUUCACGAUUGAAACGUUAGAUAAUAUUACCGGUAAUAACAACUUUAUUAAAUGUCUUAUCAAU